AUGGCAUCGGGAGGCGCGCGAACCGUCUGCCGCGCGGCGCGGCUGGCCAUGAUGCCCGGCGCAGCUCUGGCUCGACCUCUCACUUCGCGCGUGGCGUCCCUUGCCGCGGGCCCGACAGCGGCAACCAAGACGACGGCAACAGCGACGACGCGCUGGAUUUCGACCGUAGGCGCGAGGCAGGCGGCGGAUACGACGAGCUUCGACGAUUUCGUGGCCGAGGUGGAGAAGAACCAGGCGGCGGCGGCAGCGGCAACAGCAACGGCAAAGAAGGCUGCCGCGUCAGCGGCCGAGGAAGGAGAGCAGCAGCCUCCCCGUUGGUCGUAUACGCCUGCGGCGAUGAAGGCGCCCGUGUCGAUGCAAAGGCCCAAGGAUCCUAAGAGGUCGAUUUGGCACACGAACGAAGACCCCGAGGUUUUGGAUCAGUUCUACGCGAGGUUCCUGGGCACACACGGGCCCAGACUGCUUCCCGACGAGCUCAAGUGGCUAGCGGUCACUCACAAGAGCUUUGAUCAGGGAAGGAGAGGAUUCAACGAUAGGUUGGCGUAUCUCGGCCGUCAAGCCAUCAUCCUCGAAGUCGCAAAGAACAUUGUUUCGGGAUCGCAGGCACCCGCCCCGGCCCCCGACGCGUACGGACGCCAGCCCUUUGAGCACCCGUCUCUAGCGGCCCUGGAAAACUUUGCCGAGCACCAGCCGGCGGAUGUCAUCUCGCGGGAGAAAAUGUGCAAGCUGGGGAUGGAGCUGGGUCUGCUCAAGGUCAUGAGGUGGAAGCCGAGAUUGCCGGAAAACCUCUCUGGAUCCGGUGUCGAAGUCGUCCUCUCUGGCGCGAUUCACGCCAUUGUCGGAGCGGUACAGCUGCAAUGCGGUGCCGAGGUGGCUUCCCGCGUCAUCCAGGAGAAGAUUCUUAAGAGGCUGAACAACUAA